AUGUUCGGAUUCUGGCUCAGCCGCCUCACUUUACCCUUGCUGGCGUCGUGGUCACCCAAGCCCUUGUCCGACGCAGAGGAAUACCCAAGCCUCUGUCUGCACUCCAAGACUUUGGAGCGCCUUGCCGAGUGCCUCGAAGAGUUUAUCGUUCCCCGCGGCUUCUACGACCGGGUAUCAUACAACGCAGCCCAACCAGACACGUCACAACGCGCCGCUUGGUCAAACAUCAUCUCUUCCCUCCUCCAUGUUGACGGAAAUUGCUCUUCAAUUCAGGUUCCAGCCUCAUUGAAAGGGUUAUAUGACGUUGUUACAUUUACCGAAAACACUGGGGCAAGUUUUUGCGUCUUCUUCGAGCUCACCGCCGAUUGCCAUGCGUACAGGAAAGGAUGGGGAGCAAUGAUCGUGCCCGCGCGACGGGAGGCAGUAUCACGGGAUGUCCAUAUCUCAGCUCCACAUCCCGGAUUUGAUGUUGGAACACCUGCACAGGCGGCGUACAUUUUCAAGGCGACUGGUUCAAAGAGUUUUCUUAUGGCGGGGCGGACUCGCACGGCGUUUUUAAACCCAUCUCCUUGUAUCUCUACAGCCUCCCUGUCUGGGUAUUAUGAAACUGACCCCGCCCACAACAAUGUGCCGUUCAUCCAAGAUUUCAGUUAUUAUCUGCUAAUUGUCUUACAGGGGGAACCGUUUUUCGACGCGAGUUUGGCGAUAUAUGACUGGCAACAACGCAGGGGGUGCCCUUCUUCAACACCAAAUAUUUCUGUCAGCGGGACUCGCAACCUCAAACUCACAUUUUCCCAAGGCCGCUCCUCGACGUCAAAAGCAUGGUACAUCGAUUCCAACGACAGGCCCGUGAAAAGGCUCAGAGGACAUCUCCAACUCGCAUUUCCACUUUGGAACGUCUCCCUUCCGCCGGACAGCUCUUGCGCUCUCACCGCCACUCGGAACGUUGUCGGUAGAUACAUCAACGGCGUCGACGAACACAGCGUCUGUCACACUGACGCUGAUCCAUCAGAUGUAUCAGGUGAAUUCAUCCACGUCGAGCAAGAUGAUACAUCUCGAGGGGCAAAGUCGUAUAAGUUGUGGGCAGCAGCUGUGAGGAGGACGUUUGGGACGAUUUGUGCGGAAGGGAUGUCGGUGGAUCCUGAUACGGGACUUUGUGCGUAUUCAAGGCCACGAGGGCCUGCUGGUGAUCCCAUCUUCGACAAUGUUAUGUUCCCCGGUUUGAGUCGGGGUAUUCGUGCGCAAUGGCUUCUGUGGAUUCCCCUGUUGAAUCCUCUAUGA